AGCAAAAUGUUAGUCUGUUUCGGGAGACGAUAGUAUGCGGUCAGAAUUAUGCGAGAUCUAGCGAAGCUUCGUUUGCCGGAUAAUGUCGAAUCGGGAGUGUUGCUUACGAUAGGCGAUAGACCUGUUGAAAGGCCGGUGGCAAACAACUGUAGCCCAUCGAUCCUUACACCGGAUUCGAGUAGUUCUGUUCGAUCGCCAUUUCGCUUCGAUUCGGUGCGAUCAUCAGGAAGGAGGACUGGAUCACCGUUUUAUCGACCAGGCUACAAGAAACCCCGCAAGCGGGCAGUUUUUAAGAAUGGAUACUGCAAUGUGAGUGUUACGAAGAUUCCACAUCAGCGACUGCGCUUUCUGCAAGAUAUCUUUACCACCCUGGUUGAUGCACAGUGGCGUUGGACAUUACUAGUUUUUGCUCUCGGAUUCGUAGGAUCGUGGCUCACGUUUGCCGGACUUUACUGGUUAAUCUCUUACACCCAUGGUGACUUUGAGCAGCAACACUUACCACCAUUUCAAGGUAAGCUUUCUCUCAAACGAUUCUCCCUCACUAAACUGAUACCAUCGUUCACAGUGGAUAACGGUUGGACACCAUGCAUUUCGAACAUUUACUCGUUCACGUCGUGCUUCCUGUUUUCUCUCGAAACGCAACACACAAUCGGAUAUGGAUCGCGUGCGAUGGAAGAAGAAUGCCCGGAAGCAGUAUUCGUGAUGACGCUUCAAUCCGUUCACGGCGUCAUGGUGCAAGCCUUCCUAGCGGGAAUUGUGUUCGCAAAAAUGACACGGUCGAAGCGACGCGCCCAGACGUUACUGUUUUCGAAAAAUGCGGUCAUAUCGCUAAGGGACGGUGAGCUGUGUCUGAUGUUUCGGAUCGGCGACAUGCGCAAGAGCCAUAUUAUCGGUGCAAACAUUCGGGCGCAGUUGAUACGCACGAAGGUGUCGAACGAGCGUGAAGUGAUGCCACAGUACCGCACCGAGCUGGAGCUAACCUCGGACGAUUGCUCUUCGGACGUGUUUUUCCUUUGGCCUCAGAUCGUGGUACACCGGAUCGACGAAAGGUCACCAUUAUUCGGAUACUCGGCGGAAGAUAUUUUACUUGAGCGCUUCGAAAUUGUGGUGGUACUCGAGGGGACGGUAGAGUCGACCGGACAAACAACCCAGGCAAGGACGAGCUACGUCAAUACGGAAAUACUCUGGGGACAACGGUUCGAGCCGGUGUUGCUGUACAAUUCCGACAUAGAGAGCUAUGAUAUUGAUUUUUCCAAGUUCAAUGAAACGGUUGUACAGGACACGCCACGUUGUUCGGCCAAACAGCUGAAAGAGUGCGGCAAACUUCCACUCAGAGGACGUUCCUGUGAUCCUUUGGUAGGGCCGACAUUGAGGUUGUCCCAUGUAGAAUUGGAGAGCGAAAGAAUCAAUCAACAUUUUCUGUUUCCCGUGUACGAUCGACGACGGUCCCGCUCAUCCACGGAGCUGUAACAAGGCAUUCCACCCCGGAAUGCCACGAUCGAGCGGGUCGGUGUGCCUGCGGGUUAAAUCGAUCACCACGUGAUUAAAUAUCAUUUGUAUGAUUGUAUGAGGCAAUAAACGUUUAUCCACGAGUGUAA